AUGUCUUCUUUAAACGUUUUACAAGAGGAAACGGAGGAAAGCCCUCUACUUUCAAAUAAUGUAACUAUUAUUUCACUACCAAGUCGUCUAGAAAAAAUUCGAAAACCUCACGUUCUAUGGAUGUUAAUAUUCAGCAUUACUUUGUCUUCCAUUCUAACAUCAGUAACAGCUCCAUUAGUGCGUUUCGUUUUAGACAUUGUAUGCUUAGAAUAUUACAAUGAAAAGAAUGUAGAUAGCACCUUGACUCCUCCGAGUGAGGAAGAUUGCAACAUAACAGAAAUAUCAGCUUUAGCUUCUAAAUAUUUAAUGUGGUAUCAAAUGUUUUCAUAUCUUGCAGCAACAUUAUCUAUAGGUUUUCUUUCAACACUUUCAGAUUAUAAAGGUCGACGAUUUAUAUUUAAAUUGGCAACUUUGGGUGUAAUAAUAGCAUUUUCUAAUAUAAUUUUCGUAUAUCAUUAUUGGAGAAUCGUUAGUGUUAAAUUUUUAUUUAUUGGAGCGAUAUUUGAAGGAUUAUCUGGUGGUGUAAUCGCGAUAAAUACGGCAUGUCAUGCAUACAUAAGUGAUUGUACUAAGCCGGAGAAUAGAAGUAUGGCAUUUGGAAUAAUGCACGCUUUUGCUUUUUGUGGAAUGACAAUUGGGCCGACUUUGGGUGGUAUAAUAGUCAAGUCAACGAAAUCUGUGAUAUCAAUAUUUUACUUUGCAGUGUGUACACUCUCUUUCUUUUUAGUAUUUGUAUCUUUUAUAUUGCCAGAAUCUCUUUCAAAAGAAUUGCGUCUUCAAAGACGUGUAUUAUCAUCUGUGUCAUCAAGAUCACCGAGACAUUUAUUCUCUUCCUUAACUAUCCUCAAUCAAGAACCAAUGGACUGCGGUGAAGAAGAACGAAGAAAUUCAUGGAGCGGCAGAAAUACUAUGUAUAUUCUUGCUAUGAUUUAUUUAAUAUACAGAUUAUCACAAGCUGGUCAAAAUGACAUCAUUACAUUAUAUACAACGCAAAGGUUUAAUUGGUCAACUUUAGAAAAUGGAUUCUUUUUAUCACUUCAAGCAUUUACUCGUUUCAUAGCAUUAAUUGUACUCUUACCACUAUGUCGCUUAUUACAAACCAAAUAUCUUUCGUCAUACUCUCGUUCCCUUGACAUUCACAUGACGAGAGCUGGUUUGAUAAUGGAAAUAAUUGGAUUCGCAUUAUUUGCAAGUGCAAUUGUACCAAAUAUGUUAUAUUUUGCUUGCGUGAUAAAUAGUUUGGCUACUAUAGCGACUCCAGCAAUAAGAAGUUUAUUUACGACGUAUGUACUUCCUACACAAGCAGGUCAAGUAUUAGGGGCCAUGAGUGUUAUCGAGAGCGUGGGAAGUAUAUUUAGUCCUCUUUGGAUGAAUCCACUAUAUAGCUGGUCAGUUCGAAAAGAUUUUUCCGAGAUUGUUUUUUGGGCGAAUUCAUUGUUAUUUGUUAUUGCUAGUUUUUUGGCAUUUUUAAUUCGGUAG